AUGAAGGAAAUCUCUCACCAUGGUCCUGGAUUAUGUGUAAAAUUCUAUGAUGAAUUUGUUUAUGCUGGUUAUGGUCCAUACAUUGAACAAUAUAAUUACAAAAGCGGCGAAUUGAUCAAUCGUUGUAGAGUUUUCAGAAAGAACAAAGUUCAUGGAAUAAGCAUAAGUUCUAAUGGUUAUAUAUUAGCUUAUGGUGCAAGAUCAGCUGCUGUUUGUAGCUUGAGUGAUAUUAGUGAUAAUGUUUCUAUUCUUCAAGAAGAAAGGCUGUUGGCAGAAUGGAUCACUUGUGGUGAAUUCAGUGCCGAUGGUAAUAAAGUAUUCUUAUUAACUUGCUAUAAUAAAGUUAUUAUAUCUGAUAUUAUUGGUACCAUCAUAGGUGUCAAAACUAUCAAAGGCGAACGUUCGAUUUUAUAUUCAGGUUCAAUUAAACCUUUCAGUGACGAACUUGUGUAUAUUAGUGCAGGUACUGUCAUGGGAGGUGUAUUGGUUUGGAAUUUAUAUGAAGAGUCCAUUGUUCACAAUUUAAAAGGCCAUGAAGGCUCAAUCUUUUAUUCAACCAUCAGCGAUAAUGGGAAAUAUCUAGCAAGUUGUUCAGAUGAUCGUUCCAUUAGGUUAUGGGAUUUGAAGACUGGUGCUGAAUUAACCAUUGGGUGGGGCCAUACCGCUAGAAUUUGGAAUUUGAAAUUUUUCCAAGAUGACAGGAAAAUUAUAAGUGUCUCUGAAGAUUGUACUUGUCGUGUUUGGGACAUUAUUGUCGAUGAAGAUGGAAAAUCUGUACUCCUUCAGCAAAGUAACAUUUAUGAAGUACAUCAAAUAAAGAAUGUCUGGGGCGUUGAUGUAAACAGCGACCACAUGAUAGCGGUUACAUCAGGUAAUGAUGGUAGAUUAAAAAUUACUGACCUAAUCCAAACUAGUAGAACUGGUAAAGAAACUGGUUCAUUUUCCAUUCAAAAAAUUCAAGAUGAAUUAGAUAUCCCUUUUGAGAAAGGUGAAAUUAUUAAGGGCUUCCAAUGGUUUUCGUUUGGUUUAAUAGCAGUGACUUCAUUUGGUAAAAUUUUGAAAUAUGGUGAUGUAAAUAAAAAAUGGACAUUGGAAUUAGAAGAUAAAAGAUUUUCUUCUUUUGUAAUUGUUUCUGGAAUUUCAUCAAAAAAUAUCGCAAUUUUCAUGAACAAUAAGGCUGAUAUUCUUUUAUUGAGAUUCGAUGCUGUCGGUAAUUUACAAUUAAGUUCAGAUUAUAAUAUCAAAGGAUUAAAAAAAUCUACUAAUUGUUUAGUUUCAAUCUUUGAUAGAAAAUCAAUCAUUUUGCUUUUAGAAUCACCAAAUCCUAGAGAUAGGUUAAUCUUUUUGAAAAUCGACAACUACAAUUUAGAUAUAUUACAGGAAUUCAGAUUUAAUAGACCAGAUAAUUUUGUUACAACAUGUAUGGAAGCGUUUGAAGAUUACAUUUUACUGGGGUCAAGAUUCAGUACGAUAGGUAUCUUCAACUUGAAGGGCAGCGAUGUCGACCCAUAUUUAAUAAGAAAAUUAACGCCUGGUGAUACUAUUACAUCUGUAUCAUUUGUAGAAAUCGAAAAAAAGCUUCCAAUAUUUUCAGUGACAAACAGAGAUGGUUAUUUCAACUUCAUAACAAUCGAUCUGAAAAGAUCAUCAUGUAAACGGGUUCACUUUAGUGUCUUACAUUCUAAUAAGGUUUCAAAGGGUUUCCUUGAAGGUGCUUACAUAGAUGAUAAAAAUCAAUAUAUUACCUAUGGUUUUAAAUCAAGUUUAUUUUAUAUGUACAAUGAAACUAAUUGUUAUGAAAUUAUGAGUGAACCUUGUGGCGGUGCUCAUCGUCAAUGGAAUUUAUUUCCCGAUGGUCGUGGAUUUGUUCUGGUCUACAUAAAGGCAUCCGAUUUGCAUUAUAGAAAGAUAAGAGAGCCCAGGUUCCCAGCGGUAUUGAAAAAUGGUCUACAUGGAAGAGAAAUAAGAGAUAUUUCAAUUUUGAAGUCACAACCAUAUAAAAAUGGUUAUUUAUUUUGUACUGCAUCAGAAGAUACAACUGUUAGAUUAUCGCAUUUUGACCAAGAUACUGGCGAUAUCACUAACUACUGGCUGCAAAGGAAACACGUAUCUGGGUUGCAGAGAUGUAAAUUCAUCAAUCAUCAUUUAAUGAUAUCAUGUUCCGCAAGAGAAGAGUUAUUCUUGUGGGAUAUUGAUCAAGAUAGUUCAUCUCGUCCUUAUAUUAGCACAAGAGCUACUCUACCUACAUCGAGUGAUAUUCCUGAUUUAAGAAUAAUGGAUUUUGAUGUCAAGUUUUUAUUAAACAGUGAUAGUUUUCUAUUAGCAACAGUUUACUCCGAUUCCGUUAUUAAAGUUUGGAGUUUUGACGAAGCAACAAACAAAUUUGCCUUAUUGAUAGAAGGCCGUUAUGAAACUUGUUGUCUAUUAAAUGUUAAAUUAGAAUCAGUUGCUAAACAAUUAUAUUUAAUUACGACACCGACCGAUGGUCAUGUAGUAGUGUACAAUAUUACUGAUUAUAUUCCAUAUGAACUCGCUGAUAAUUUCCAAUUUUUGUUAGAAAAUUUCAAUGAAUGUAAGACUUUACCAUUACCUAAUUACAUUACAAAAUUUUUAGUCCAUCAAUCUGGUAUCAAAACAUUUUGUACUGACUCUGAGUCGUUACCAAGGACUAUCAAGAUUUUUACUGGUGGGGAUGACAACGCAAUUGCAAUGAACAUUUUAAAAGUUGAUGCUGAUUCCUUAGGUAUCAUCAGUAGUUCUUCAUCUUUCAUUGAAGAUGCUGCCUCCUCCACCAUCACUUCGAUUAGUUUAUUUGACAAGAAUAGAAAACUGAUGAUGACAUCAGUAGAUCAGUUAGUAAAAGUAUGGGAUGUUACUGGUGAUGAUCUUGUCCCAAUAGAUAAAAGAUACACCACAAUUGCUGAUACCGGUUCAUUGGAUGUUGUGACACUUGAAGAUAGUAGUACAUUGUCACUGAUAGGUGGUGUAGGUAUAUCAUUAUGGAAAUUAGCAUUUUAA